GCUCGCAGAAUUAAAGCAGCUUUGAUUCUCACUCCGCAAACCCACGUAACGAUGAAACAUGUUGGGUGUCUCGAGUGACAGCUGAGCGAUUGUGAUGGCCGCGAUUGAGCUCGGAUCGUUUGCGAUUCCUGCCGUGCUCGUUCUCAUCUUCUUCUUAGCGUACACAUCCCAAAUACUGUUCUUAUAUCUGGAACCACGUCCACUAAAUACUGAAGAGCUACUGAUAUUCAAUGGUCUUUUGAUAUGUCUAUUGAUAUCCUACGCUCGAGCAUGCGCGACAGACCCUGGCGGCAUACCUAAAGACUGGGACACCAAACCUUCAGAUAUCGCAUCGCUCGAAGCGCAUUCUGGAAAAUUGCGAGGGCGCUGGUGUCGCAGGUGUGAAGCUUUCAAGCCCCCACGAGCUCACCACUGCAAGACAUGUGGAAGAUGUAUACCUAAGAUGGAUCACCACUGUCCGUGGACGGCGAAUUGCGUAUCUUUUACAACAUUUCCGCACUUCAUGCGUUUCUUGGUAUAUGCUGUAGCAGCAAUGUCUUAUCUCAUGACCUUCAUAUGGCAGCGGGGAGCAAUUCUAUGGGAAAAUCGCCACCUCCCCAGUUACUACGGACCAUCACCACUCAAACUGGCACAUCUUUUUGUUUUGGUCGUGGUCAAUACGUUCACUCUUUUCGCUUUGUCCAUUUUGCUUAUUCGGGUGGUAUGGUCACUUGCUAUCAACACUACCACCAUUGAAGGCUGGGAGAUAGAGCGCCACGAGACCCUUCUCAGACGAGCAAGAUACCUUGGUGGCUAUCUUACAGCACCGGAUGGGUCAAAAGUGAGGAUCGUGAGACAAGAGUUUCCGUACGAUAUCGGCAUCUUCAAGAACAUUGCUCAAGGCAUGAAUACAUGGAAUAUCAUUGCCUGGUUCUGGCCCUUCUCUGCGACGCCAAAGGCCAAGGAUGGUGUUUCGUUCGAGGAGAAUGGCUUCGAAGACGCUGCCAAAAGCUGGCCUCCUCCAGACCCAGAUCGUGUACUUCGGUCCAUGCCAGCCCCUAGCAUAGGAGAGAUACGAGACCACGACGAAGAACCAGAGGAAAUGAGGAUCCAAGCUUUUCGACAACGCCAAGAAGAAGAUAUGCGCCGCAGGCGACCUUUCCGACAGCGCAUUGAAAAGCAGAUCGACACGGAACAGAGCGAAGAUGAUGGGCUCAGCGAUGCUGGAAGUGCAAGUGGGGAAGAAGGCUGGAAGAAUUCUGAGGGUGAGCGACUUCGCGACUUCGGCGUCGACGAAGACGUCGAGUUCUACGAUGAGGAUGAUUUGCCCCUGAGUGUACUCAUGAAACGCCGAAGAGCGGCAUAGCGCUUUGAUAGAGGAAGUAUUUACGGUUCAAUCUGGCAUUGCAUUCAUGGCCGAAUAAUCAGACGAUAACCUUACACGCAGGUAGCUACCUACAUCAUCACAGCUACCCCUCCGACAUCGGCUAUCGGCUCAAUAUACACAUACCUUGAAAGGAAUCAUUUGAUGACAGUCAGAAUUUUAUGAAACCAUCAACAUAAUGCUCGAAGCAUUCAAGCAGCGUCAAAAUGUACAGCCUGACGAGGAGGCCGGCAGAGACAACUGGUCAUCAGAUGUAUUGUUUCAACUCCAUCCCCAUCCCAACAACCAAACAAACACAAACUAACCUAACUCAGGUCUACUCGGCAGCCGCCUCCUUUGUCCCCAAACUAACGACCAAAGUCCUCUCCUACCUCAACGCAAACCCGGACGACACAAUCCUCGACAUCGGCUGCGGCGACGGCC